GUGUCUGUCUCGAUAAGAACCAGACUCGGCCUCGGUCACGUGACACGAAGUAGAGGCAAGCAGUUCCUCCCCCAAAGCGCACCGCCGCUAAGGAACAAGAGGCAUCGUUGAAAGGUUCCGGUCCAAAAAGGGGGACCAUGAAGACGGGUGUCGAGGACGAGGAACCUGUGACCUUUGAGGAUGUGGCUGUAUAUUUCACAGCGGAGGAGUGGGACCUGCUGGAUUUGAAUGAAAAGUCACUGUACAGUGAAGUGAUGAUGGAAAACUAUGAGAAUGUGACCUCACUUGUCCCAAUGCCUGAGCUACUUUCUCACGUGGAGGUGGGAGAUGAUCUGUGGGUGCCGUAUUCUUCCAGUUUGGAUGCAAUGGAAGCUUCUGGUACAAGAUCAGAGGACAGACCAUAUAAAUGCCAAGAAUGUGGAAAAUGUUUUGCUUCCAGCCAGGAGGCUUUGAGACACCAGAGAGUCCACACAGGAGAGAAACCACACAGAUGCCAGGAUUGUGGGAAACGUUUUGCUCAAAAGUCAGACUUCAUAAACCACCAGAGAGUCCACACAGGAGAGAAAGCAUACAAAUGCCAGGAAUGUGGGAAAUAUUUUGCUUCCAUGCAUCAGGUUCUGAAUCACCAGAGAGUCCACACAAGAGAGGAACCAUACAAAUGCCAAGAAUGUGGCACAUCUUUUGCUCACUACUCAACAUUUGUGAUACAUCAAAGACUCCACACAGGUGAAAAACCAUAUAAAUGCCAGGAGUGUGAGAAAUGUUUUACUCGUAGCUCACACCUUGUGCGGCACUGGAGAGUCCACACAGGAGAAAAACCAUACAAAUGCCAGGAAUGUGGGAAAUGCUUUGGUGAAAGGUCAGGCUUUGUAAAGCACCAGAAAGUCCACACAGGAGAGAAACCACACAAAUGCCAAGAAUGUAGCAAAUAUUUUGCUUCCAUUCAAGAGUUUCUGAUCCACCAGAGAGUCCACACAGGGGAGAAACCAUACAGAUGCAAGGAAUGUGGGGAGAGUUUUGUUCACAGUUCAUAUCUUGUGAUGCAUAAUAGGGUCCAUGCAGGAGACAAACCAUACAAAUGCCUACAGUGUGGGAAACAUUUUGCUCACAACUCAACUCUUGUGAAGCAUCAGAUGGUCCACACAGGAGAGAAACCAUUUAAAUGUCAUGAAUGUGGAAAAUGUUUUGCUCACCGCCCACAUCUUGUGAGCCAUCAGAGGCUCCACACAGGGGAAAAACCUUAUAAGUGCCAGGAGUGUGAGAAAUGUUAUACAUCUAGUUCACACCUUCUGUGGCACCAGAGAGUUCAUACAAGAGAGAAACCGCACAAAUGCCAAGAAUGUGGCACGUAUUUUGCUUCAGUUCAAGAGGUUCUGAUCCACCAGAGUCUCCACGUAGGAGAGAAACCAUACAGAUGCCAGGAAUGUGGGAAAGGGUUUGUUGAGGGUUCACAGCUUGUGAGACAUAAUAGGGUCCAUACAGGAGAGAAACCGUAUAAAUGCCUGCAAUGUGGGAAAUGUUUUGCUCGAAAGGCAGACUUUGUGAAGCAUGAGAGAGUCCACACAGGAGCAAAACCAUAUCAAUGCCAGCAAUGUGGGAAAUGUUUUUCUUAUAGUUCAAGUCUUUUGAGGCACCAAAGAACAGUAAACACAGGAGAGAAACCACAUAAAUGCCUGGAGUGUGGCAAAUGCUUUCUUUACAAGUCAUUCCUUCUGAAGCAUCAAAGGGGUCACACAGGAGACAAACCAUAUAAGUGCCAGGAGUGUGAGAAACGUUUCUUUUACAAGUCAGACGUUGUGAAGCAUCAGAGAGUCCACACAGGAGUGAAACCGUACAAAUGCCAGGGGUGCGGAAAAUGUUUUGGUCAGAAGGGACACCUCAUCGCGCAUCAGAGAAUCCACACAGGAGAAAAACCAUAUAGUUGCCAGGACUGUGGGAAAUGUUUUUUUAAUAAGUCAGAGCUGGCAUCUCAUCAGCGAGUCCACACAGGGGAGAAACCGUACAGAUGCCAGGAGUGUGGGAAAUGCUUUGCUCAAAAGGUGCAGCUUGUGGGGCACCAGAGGGUCCACACAGGAGAGAAACCGUACCAGUGUCAGGAAUGUGGGAAAUGUUUUGCUCAGAUUUCACACCUUGUGAGGCAUCAAAGAGGCCACACGGGAGAGAAACCAUACAAAUGCCAGGAGUGUGGAAAAUGUUUUCCCUAUCAUUCCUCCCUUGCUAAGCAUCAGAGCGCCCAUGGAUGUGAGAAACUAUACCACUGCCAGGAGUGCUGGAAAUCUUUUGCUCAUAGCUCACAACUAGUGAUUCACCAGAGAGUCCACACAGGAGAAAAACCAUGCAAAUGUCCGGAGUGUGGUAAAGGCUUUGCUCACAAUUCAGGGCUUGUGACACACCAGCGGAUUCACACUGGAGAGAAACCAUACGUAUGUAAUGAGUGUGGUAGAUCUUUUGCUUGGAAAUCACAUCUUGUGAACCACCAGAGAGUCCACACAAGGGAAAAACCAUUCAGGUGCCAGGAGUGUGGGAAAUGCUUUGCUCAGAAUUCAUACCUGCUUGUGCAUCAGAGGGUACACACAGGGGAGAAACCCUGCCGGUGCCAUGAGUGUGGGAAAUGUUUUGCUUUCAGUUCACAUUUUGUUUGCUGUUCGCAGCUUCUGACCCACCUCAGCAUCCACACAGGAGAGAAAUCAUACCAGUGCCAGGAGUGUGGGAAAUGUUUUGCUCAGAAAUCCUCCCUCGUGAGGCACCAGAGAGUCCACACCGAAGAGAAACCGUACAAGUGUAACAAAUGUGAGAAAUGCUUUGCUCGUAAUUCACACCUUGCGUUGCAUCAUGUGGUCCACACAGGAGAGAAACCCUACAAAUGCCAAGAGUGUGGGAAAUGUUUUGGUCGCAAGGCUGACAGACCGGAGGCAGGACACAAAUGCUGGGACUGUGGGAAACGUUUUGCUCACAGUUCAGAGCUUGUCAUGCACCAGAGGAUCCAUACAGGUGAAACUGCAUACACAUGCCAGGAGUGUGGGAAAUGUUUUAUCCGGAAGCCUGACUUUACAAAGCACCAGAGAAUCCACACUGGAGACAAACCAUAUAUGUGCCAGCAUUGUAGGAAAUGCUUUUGUGAGAAUUCACACCUUGUGAGGCAUCAGAGAAUCCACACAGGAGAGAAACCCUACCAAUGCCAGGAUUGUGGCAAGGAUUUUGCCCACAAGGCAGACCUAAUGAAGCAUCAAAGAAUUCACACAGGAGAAAAACCCUACAAAUGCUGGGAGUGUGGGAAACAGUUUGCUCAGUGUUCAGCCCUUUUGAACCAUCAGAAGAUCCACAUGGAACAGAAACCCUACCAAUGCCAGGAAUGUGGAAAAUGCUUUGCUCUCAGUGCACUCCUUCUGAAGCAUCACACAGUUCGCCAUUAGUGAAACUAUAUUAAUGGCAGGAGUGUGGGAAAUGCUUCAUAUUCACAGUUUCUUUUUCAUUAGUACAGAGUUCUGUUUUUAAAUAAGAAUGAUAUGCCUUUUAAAACAGCAAUAUUAAAGGUGCUAACAGAACACAGAACAAACUUCAGCCAGCAGCUUUAGGAGCAUUUUCAAAAUUAUACUAGGAACUUGUCCUUACAAUUAUGUAAGAAUAAUAAUGACCGGGUUAGCCUAGACAUCUUCUCUGUGUCACCGUGAGAAAGAAGCAAAGUGUAGGCAUUGCUUUCAAGCUCUUUCUUAUUCAUCAAUGUUUUUCUCUGUAAUCUUCCUUUCCUUUGUAAGGAGAGAGCUGGAGAUCUUUCUUCCAGUGGUGGCAGUUUCUGUGCAGCCCAAUGACCAAAAUAAUGAAAUUCCUUAAAAUGUAGCAAGUUAGCUGCUUGGGCGCAGGCCCUGCUUCUGCAACUACAUACCAAUCCUUCAGGAUCCUGCCCAUGUUCACUCAGUCUCUCAGCCUGUUUCAUACGAAACCUACCACCACCAUCUGUGUUUUACUCAUUGGGGUCUGCCUUUCCUCUCCUUUACCUCACUGUCAGCAUGUCCUGGUGACGAGAUGCUUGUGGUGCUCAGUUUGAAAUAAAGGUGGAUUGAACUGA